UAUUUAAGUGUUCUAAUUAACACUGAUGUUUUGUUCCUGUGUUAUAUUCUAAUAAAUUCAUAAAAAUAUAUAUAAAUAAUGGAUGCAGCAAAGUAUGGUAGUCCGGAGUCUGUGUCAAGUGCACAGAUUAUCAGCCAUCUCAUUGGACAAAUCACCUUGGAUACAGAUGACAGACAACACAGGAGAACUCUGAUUGGACAGUUGUGUGUGCAUUAUUUUUGGCCUUGAUAUAAAACCACUGAUCCGGCUCUGCUCGAUACCCUUUGACCUCAUCGUAGAUUAAAGGGUUCCUGUACUGAGAGUGACCGCUGACAGCUGAGAGUGACCAUCAUCCUUCAUCCAUUGCCCUCAACCUUCACAGAGCAGUAUCACCACAUCACCUACACACACACACAAUCACCACAUCUUCAUAAUUUUCUCAAAUUUCAUUCUACAUAUAAGAUUAUAUUAGGUUGUCUUAGAUUAGUUUAGUUUACAUUAGGUGGUUUAGGUUUAGGUCAGUUUUACAAGCAUUUCUCUUGUUGUUUUUCUCUUGUUUUUAACUUCUACCAACAGGAUGCCAAGGAAGUCGAGGCGCUCUGUGGUGUUGAAGCAGCGCUGGGAGAAGCUCAACCUGGACGAGCUGAGGUCUUCCCCCACCCCCCCGGAGACGGUGUCCCCCCCGGCUGGAGAGGAGCCUUCCAGAGGGUCAAGGACCAAGAGGACCAGGGAGACCCACCCCCCCUGCUCCCGAGCUCCAGUCGGCAACGCAGUUGGAUCUUCACCCCCAGCCAAGCCUUUCUGGAGCCCGGAGGAUGUGCAAGUUCGUGCACGCCGCGGUACCGGUUACCGCCAUCCAGUGGAGACGUGGCCAACUUCGAAGCUCACUGGACGGAGCCACAAGUUGGUCAUCCCACCUGAGUCUCCUGGCAAGCAGUUUGUUCUGAUUGUCGGGGACUCCCAUCUCCGGGCCAUCGUGGACCGUUUCGCCAAGAUGCCAGAAGGGAAGUUUUCUUUUGGUAUCAUGUCGACCCCUGGGGCCCAUGCUGCUCAGCUGCGCACUGAGGUCCUACAUGCAAAGGUUCCUCGAUCCCCUGAUGCUGUUUGUGUUCUUGCUCCUAGCAACAACCUGACUGCGAGCAGGACCGUCGACGAGGCAGCCGUCGACUACGCCCGAUUCCUCACCGCUGUGAGGAGCCGCUGGUCGAAGGUCUUUGUGGUGGACUUCCCCCCCCGCCUGAACGAGGAUGAGGAGCACCAGAGGGCCCUUCGCCACGCGUACCAUCGCGUGACAGCUCGUAUGGGUUUGAGGUACUUCUCUGCGGAGGAGUACUUCCCCCGUACGCGCUUGGAUCUGUGGAGCAGAGACGGCGUUCACCUGAGCGACCGUGAGGGUAUGGGGAUCCUCACCCAGCUGCUGUGGGCCUCCACGGAGCAGUUCCUCGAGACACCACCACCACCUCCCCCUCCCCCGGUGUCUCCUACUCCUUCACAGCCGCUUAGGAAGGUUUCUCCUAAGCUGGUUGUGAAGGGAGAGGUACGUGCUCCUCUGUCUCCUGACCCCUUCCAGUGGAAGGUCGUUGGUCAGAGCAGCAAGCCGCAGGUUCCUGGUCCGGCCAGCGUGGCUCAGCAGCAGGAGAAGGAGUCCUUCCUUCCACUGAACCCACGGUGGUUUAGUAGCACGACCCUUUGUGCUAUGGAGGAAGUGUCUCCUUCUCAGCUGUCUGACGUUGUGGACGUCCCAUCUCCUCCAGCGCGCAAGAAGGUGGCCUCCCCAGCGACAGCCAGGCGUCAAAGGACCACGGAGAGACGCCCUCCCUGCCACCAGUCUCCUGUGAACAACCAGGUUGGAUCCCCUCCAGCCUGGCUGUCACAGAGACUGCAGGACGGCCCCUCCAGCCCGGUUCCUAUGUCCAGGACCACGGAUGGAACACCCCCCCGCACCCAAACUUCAGUGACCAACCUGGUUGGAUCCCCUCCAGUCAGGUUGUCCUGUAGUUUGGGUGAUCCGGCGACCCCCUGCUGUUCACCGGUUGCGAAGGUGGCCAGGAUGAAGACCCCUUCACCGGUUGGACCAUCCCAGACCAUUAAAGCUGCCUGUCACACUCCUCGCCCAGUUAAGACCGUCGGGACACCAGUUCCCUCAUCGUCCUGCUGGCCCUGGAUUAUCGAUGACGGACUUGCCACCUCUCAUUCCCCUUCAAAAGAGGUGCCGCUUAGUGCUAGUAUUAGGGCUAGUCAUAGUCAGAGUGACAUGAGGUACAGGAAGUUCUCCAGGAACCACCAGUGUACCUGCAUGUCCCUGACUUUUCUGGCUUAUCUGAAUGAGGGCUGUCAGUUUAACACUGCUGUCCUUGAUAGAGUGCUGGCAAAGGGAGAUUCACUUUAUGUAGGUGUAAAACAACAGCUGAUCCAGGAAAAAAGAUUCCGCAGUGACCAUCUCGCUGUGGAAGAACUGCCCAAACAAGUCCUGACUGACACAGAUAUGUGUAACGUCCACAUGCCUGAAAUCAGGUGUGGACUUGUGAAAGCCAGUGGAAGCCAGGCUUGGUAUCUGCCCCUUGCCGCACAGUUAGAGUGUCUGUCAGGUGACGUUAAUCUGGCUUUAGUCAUAAUAAGUCCAGAGUGUAUUGCAGUUUUCCGUGACCACUCAGGCAGGUAUGGUGUGUUUGAUUCACACUCAAGAAGUGUGAUGGGCUUACCUCACCCCCACGGAACUGCAAUUAUGAAGACCUUCUCAAAAAUCAGUGACUUGGCUGAACACCUGCACAAACUCUUUGCAAAUCGCGGCCCUUCUGCCAGUUACGAGUUUGUGCCGGUGUCAUUCGAAGCCGUUGGUUCAAGAGAAUGCCCUCAGGCUUCUCUGGCACACAGUGUAUCCAGGACAGCUCUCCCACCAGCAGCAGAGCGCGUCCUCAAGACGGCUCCUGCACCACCAGCAGCAGCAGAGCGCGUCCUUAAGACGGCUCCUGCACCACCAGCAGCAGCAGAGCGCAAGAGGAACCCAGACAAGAAGACGAGCUCGGACAAGAAGAGGAACCCAGCAUCCCAGAAGAAGAUGGGGAUGUCGAUUUGGAAGAAAUUUUUAAAAGCCAAAACGAGCCGGGACAGUUAG